GCCGGAACUGACCAGUUAGAAAGGGAAGGGGCCCAGGGGAACAGUAACAGGGCUGGUUCUCAUGAAGAUCGCGUACGGCGUGUGAUGACAGCCCUUCAAUUUAUCCUUGGGCACUGGAAAAGGGGACCGAUUUUAGCGCGAGCCGGACCUCAAGCGGUAGAGAAAGGAGAGGGGGCACCCUUUUGAAAAGCAUCCCGCCCUCCAUCGUCCGGCAAAUACUGCCUCCUCCCAGGCUUGUGCCGACUGUGGAUGAUUGUCCAUCCCCACCCCUGGUGCCAGGGCCAUGGCCUCCAUCAAUGACCUGCCUGAGAACGUCCUCCUGGAGCUGUUCUCCCUGGUGCCAGCCAGGGAGUUGCUGAGGCACUGCCGGCUAGUCUGCAGCCUGUGGAGGGACCUCAUCGACUUGGUGUCCCUGUGGAAACGCAAGUGCCAGAGAGAGGGCUUCAUCUCCGAGAACUGGGACCAGCCAGUAGCCGACUGGAAGGUUUUCUACUUCCUCUGCAGCCUCCAGAGGAACCUGAUCCGCAACCCCUGUGCCCAAGAGGGGUUGAAAUUUUGGACAAUAGACCAGAAUGGAGGAGAUAAAUGGAAAGUGGAAGACAUACCUGGAGCCCACGGGCGAGAUUUUCCAGACCCCAGAGUGAAGAAAUACUUUGUCACCUCCUAUCACACGUGCCUCAAGUCUCAGAUGGUGGACCUGCAAGCCGAGGGAUAUUGGAAAGAACUAAUGGACACAGUAAGGCCGGACAUCAUAAUCAAGGACUGGUUUGCUGCCAGAUAUGACUGUGGCUGCCGCUACCAGAUCUGUGUGCAGUUGCUGUCCGCUGACUACCUUGUUCUGGAUACGUUUGAGCCCCCAGCGGUGGAGAUCGAGCAAUGGAGUGAUUUCGAGUGGCGAGAGGUCUCCCACACAUUCUCCAACUACCCCCCAGGAGUCCGUCACAUCCGCUUCCAGCACGGGGGCAAGGACACUCAGUACUGGGCUGGGUGGUAUGGCCCCCGAGUCACCAACAGCAGCAUCACCAUUGGCCCUGAGGUCACCAGAAAACCCAGUCCUACAGAAGGGGCAGCCAGAUGUAGCAACUAGAUCCAGACCCAGAUGGAAUGAAUGGUGACAGCAUCUUCCUACUUUCACAGCUUUGAUUUUCAAUAAACACUUUCCAUAGAGACAGCCUGCAGUUGGUUUGAGGAAGGAGGAAAGUGUGGGGUCAGGGGGUGAAUGGUCCAGGCUCUUCCAGAAGCAUCCUCAGUCUCAGGCCAAUCGAGGCUUCCCUAUCUUGGAGCAACAAUCCACAAGACGCUGCCCUCAGGUCUUUUAUUGAAACAAAAACCACAGUCUGAUAUACAAUGACCACUUGUGGACAGCAGAGAACAAGGUCCUGGGUUCUCUCCACCCUAUCCCUGGGAUUCCUUCCUAGCGAUCAAAGGCUGGUCUGCGUGUGACCAGAGCAGGCAGAGGGAGCCAGUAUCGAGGGCAAUGUGGACUUGCCAGACAACGGGGUAAGCGCACUUGAAGCCCAGGAUGCAGUUCCAGGCCAGGAGGGGCCCAUGAUUGCCGCCAAAGUCCAGUCCUGCAUUAGCUGGGGAGGCCUGCUUCAGCUGCUCUUGUGAGCCCUCUCUUCUACAUACAGCUGCAUCUGUUAGAAGGAAACCAUGCCAGUGGUGAUGAAGGUAAAAAGUUAUGUUUCUGUGGCACUUUAAGGCGAGGUAUUCUUACCAUCUCCCCACCCCCAUUUCACAGAUGAGAACACUAAGGCUCAGAGAAGAAGUGAUUUGCCUUGGGUUACACAAAUGCUAAGUGGAAGGAGGGAAUCAGACUUGCUCUAUGUGAUGCCAGAGAGCAGUGGUUAGAAAUAACAGAGAAGCAAAUUUGGCCUUGGUGUCAGGAAGAACAUCCUAACCCCUAUCCCCUAAUGGGGGCCAUCCAAAAGUGGCACAGACUGCCUUAGGAGGUCACGAGUUUCCCUUAGCGCUCUCUGAGCAAGACCACUUGCCCAAGAUGUCAUAGAAGGGAUGCUUUGUGGGGACAGGGAUUGGACCACCCGGCCUCUAUGAUCCUGGGGACUCUUUCUAACUGAGACAAAUGCUCUCACUCAAGAGGGGUGGGUGGUCAGAGGACAUGAGGAAAUAGCCAAGGGCUGUCUGUAGCCUGCCCAUUCUCAGCCUGGGUCAUGGUCUAGGUGAGAGGGAGCUUGCCCAAAGUGCCCCAGGCCAACCAAGAUGAGACAAGUCAGGCUACUAUGCGUGGGCUCUGUUCCAGGUAUGAGGCAUGGGAGAAACCAAUUCCUUCCUGGAGAGUUUAAAAUAAUAGGAUGGCUCUUCCUAAGCCAUCAACCAAAGGUAGCUUAGGAGGUCUGAUCACAUCCCCUAGGCCCCUAACAAACACUCUCUAAGCAUUGUGAAAUGUGUCUCCCAGCAGUCACUGGGAUGCCUAGGUCCCAUGACGUCCUUGCCACUCAGCUUCACCUUUAAAAUGUCUGAGGUCAUGGUCUUCAGUGGGAUUAGCCGAGGGUCAUGCAUGUGCACAUCUUGCUCAUCUGCCAAGAUCCAGGGGAAGUCCUGAGAGCAAAGAGGGCAGAAUUCCAUGAGACAUAAGUUGUUGAAGAGGGAAAACCCCCAGCUGAGAAUCUCUGGGCAAUGUUCUUAAAAUGUUCUUUCCUAAUAAGAUCAGGGAUGAAGCAGGGAUGUUCAUAAAUUAAACUAUCGGUCUUUACAGAUGAUAUGAUGGUAUAUUUAGAGGACCCUAGAGAAUCAACUAAAAAAACUUGAGCAAAGUUGCACGAUAUAAAAUAAACCCCCAUAAAUCAACAGCAUUUCUACAUACUGCCAACCAAACCCAGCAGCAAGAGAUAGAAAAAGAAUUUCCACUUAAAAUAACUACAGAUAAUAUAAAAAUACUUGGUAGUCUACCUGCCCAAAACAAACCCAGGGACUUUAUGAACACAAUCACAAAACACUUUUCACACAAAUAAAGACAUCUAAACAACUGGAGAAUUGCUCAUGGGUAGGCUGAGCCAAUACACAGACAGUUCUCACUUUAUAUAAAUUCACAUCACAGAAAUUUGACCUUAAGAAUUCUGAAAGAAAUCCCCAUUCCAGAAAAACACCUAUGUUAACUUUACUGUACACAUAACUGUGCUCUCUGUCUCUCUGCUCCUGCAGCUUCCUACACACUCCCAACCAAAAAAAAAAAA